ACGUCAAAAUUUCAAAAAAGAUGCUAGUACUGUCCGAAAUUGGUUCUUUUAAAUAAAAAAAUAAAUUUUGCUCAGACAAUCCUAUCCAUUUGAUCAAUUUGUUGGACUGUCAAGCCGACGAACUGGCUACAAUUUCUUUGUCUACUUAUUACAUAGUAUUGCAAGUAAUUAAUAGAACUAAUUAUAAGUAAACCGACCAGCCCACAAACAAUUCAACGGUAAUGUUUACCGGUCGUGCUUAUUAUCAGUGAUAACAAACAAACAAUGGACGGCUUCAGCAUAUUUCACGGUGGUGAAAAUAUUCGACUUAAUAUAAACACCUCAGAAAUUGACGAUGAAGAGGAAUUGGAACGGCACAAAUCGAUUGAAAAAGGACUCAACGAUUUUCUCGGUAACGAUCUGCUCGAAUUGGACGAAACCGAAUCUUCCGUUGGCCAUUCUCGUAUGUACGAUGGCCAUCACAACCAAGACAAACCGUAUCCCAAUCCGUUUUACGGUCAACAUCAAGCCGUCCAAACAAAUGUCAACAGCUACACACCGCCAUACACAAAGAACGACCGAAAUCACAACCAUUUUAACGACAGACACUCUGGUAGUAGCGAAAUCGGUCGUUUGAAGGAUGCGCUGGAAUCGAAAACGCGAGAAGUUGAUCACAUCAACGGUUUGCUGAUGGUUGAGAAGAAACGCAGCGACGAACUGGAGAAACGAUUCAAAUUGUCCGAGGCGGAAAAGGAUCGUGCGUUUAUGCAAAAGCAACAGUUUCAUGAUCUGCUGGUGGAACAGAAGGGUCGUUCAACCGCACUGGAGGAGGAAAUAUCGAAUUUUAAGGGCAAGAUAAAGAAUUUAGAGAGCGCCAACACUAAGCUCGUGUGCGAAUUGGAAAGCACCAAAACGAUGCUGGCCGACUGCGAACUAAAGUACCGAAUAAUCGAGAAGGACGCACACACCAGCCGACAGGUGGAUGGCAUUUUAAAGCAAGAAAAUGAUCGACAUACCGCUCAGGCGUACAUGAUGCAACAGGAAUUGAGCAGCCUGCGAAAUAAAUUGGACGACAAGGAAUUGGAGGUGAAGAAUCUCCAUGCCAGAUACAAGGAACUGCAAAAGUCGCGCGCAGCUAUUGUUGAAGAGCAUUCGGGUGUGACCAGUCAAUUGAAGCGCGAAAUCGAUGAUUUUCAGCGUUGCACGGCCAAUACAUCGCAAGAAAAUCUGACGUUGAAGAAGAGGGUCCAGUCACUGGAACAGGAAAACUCUGAUCUGCAACAGACCAUCCACCAGUUGACGUUACGAUGCGACAAAUCAUCGAAAAGUCGAAACGAUUCAACGGACCGAGUCAUCAACGCCACCAAUCCGGACGAAUCGCUGGAUUAUUUCAAGAAAAAUCGUUCGUCGAUCGUCGGCAGCACACCGAUAAACACCAACGACGAAAUGAAUCGACUGAAGAAGGAAUUGGACCGUUGUACAACGGCACUGGCGACCAGCAAAUGUGAAAUGGAUGCGCUGACCAGGCAGCUGCACUCGAAAAUCGAUGAAAAUCAACAGCUGAAAGAGGACGAGAAUAAUGCACUGGUCGAGUUGGCCCAAUACAAAGAGGAAUGCCAGCGACUGAACGGGAAAUUAUCGUUGCUGGACAGUGAAUUGAAAUACGGCGAUGCGUUGGAACAACAGAAGAAGCGUUUGGAAGAAUUUCAAGAUCAAAUUGAUGACCUGCAAAAGGUCAACGACGACAUGAACGACGAAUGUGCAAAACUGCGAUCGUGCAACGAACAGCUGAUACAGGAGAAAGCCCAGUGCAACGAAAUGAACGAGAGACUGAAGAGUCAACUCGGCUCGGAAACCGGCACGCUUAAAUGUGAUCGUGACAAAUUAACCGGGCAGCUCGAACAAAUUCAACGCGAGCACCACGAGUUGAAGAACAAAUACAUUGAGCUGUCGGAAGCAAAAGAACGAAUCAGUGACGAAUUGCGUCAUCUACGACAAAGCGAUACCGCUGCGUGCACUCCACGAAAGAGCCUGUCGAUCAAUUGCACGAAAUGCAUCGACAACAAAACGCUGAUCACAAAGCUGGAAGUCGAAAACGUCGAACUGCAAAACGCCUGUUCGAAUCAUCUGCGCGAGGUAGCCGAACUCAAGCAGUCCGUUCAGAAUCUGAACAGUGUUGUCGAAAUGAAGAAAGAGUACGACGUCAUGCUGAACGAGCUGAAAGUUCAGGCAAAAGAAUUCUCCGAAUUGGUUCACGUUCAUAACACCGCCAAAAAUGCACCGACCACACCGAGACCCAUUGAAUCGCGCGAUCAAAGCGUUUCGACGACACCGGAUCUGGAGUACCAUUCCGAACCGGCUACGCGACGUGAAAUCGAAAUGAAAAUGUCUCAGAUCAUGUCAGCGAAAAUGAAGCGGCUGGAGAGCGAAUCGGCAGCACAACGGCAAGAAAUCCAUCGUCGUCGUGUUGAACUGUUGACCGGCGAACUGGAGAAAGCUCGGUGCGAUGUGAAAAUGCGCGAAAAAGAGGUGGAACUGCUGAAGCUGACACUGUUGGCCGAACGUAAAGCGUCCGGUGACCGGUUGGCUAAAAUUCAAAUCGAACUCAAUUCGACGAACCAGGCGGUGUGGACGAAACUGUGCCACGAAAAUGAUGAACUGAAACGGGAGCUGCAGGAGAAAUGUGAAAUCGAAAACGCGGAACGGGAAUCGGUGGCAAUACUGAAGAAACAAUGGCAUGACACGGAAGCCUCACUGUUGAUGGACAUAAAAAAUUUGAAAAAUGUCAUCGGCGACUUCGAAACGGAAAAGAGUCAAAUCAUCAAGCGUUUGAACAAGAAGUAUGAGUCGGCCGUGAAGAGAGGCGAUAAUUAUCGGGAUUAUGCCGAUGCGAAGGAACAGCACAUUCUAUCCGAAUCAGCUCGCAUCCGAGACGAAUACCAAAAUAAAUUGAGUAAAAUGCAGGCCAAAUAUCUGGAGAAAUUGGAAUCCCAUCUGAAGGACAAGGAAAAAGAGCACACCGACAGAAUCAUCAAGCUUGAGGAGGAAUGGCGAGCACGACUGGAACACUAUGAAGCACAAUAUGGUGCAAAGUGCGAUAAACAAUCGGACUCCCGCCGCCCUGGUGUAAUUUAGCUUUUACAUCUCAUUCGUUUUGUUGAUUUUCUUGUUCAAUUUACACUUAAGUGCCAAUUUUAUGAAUAAAUAUUUUGUAAU